CAGAUGUGCUCUCACCCCAGAUGUUUUUCGGGGUCAAAUUUCUCAGCGCGGGGAGGAACUAGAGUAACAGCGACUCCAAAAACAAGCAGAAAUCCGAUGCAUGGACACACAGCAAUCUUCUCAACACAGCAGUCUUCUCUAUAAACUUCAUUUAACAGCGCAGGAGAAGCAAAUAUGGCAGAAGAAGGGGAGAUGGAGAGUAUUGUCCCUAGUGCCCUCAACACAAGGAGUGAAACAGGAGCACUAGUGGAGGUCAAGUUUCAGAAAAACCCGUAUCAAACCCAGAAGUACCUGGAGGCAGAACCAAAAGCUUUAGGGGUAACACAGAUAAUGCUGAGUCUCUUUUUCUUGAGUAUCUUAGGUGCGACUUUGAGAGAUCAACACCACUACACAGCCAUCAUCCGUGCUAUCAUUUCUUCAGCUAGCAUAAUAGCUGGUAGUGUGGCAAUAGCAGCACAGAAUCUUCACCUUCCUACACUGAAGGCCUGCUUGGGGAUGCAGGUUGUGGCGUGUGUGCUGUCAGUGAUCUGCUUAUUCAUCAGUUCGAAUGAAAUAGUAGAACCUACCUUCUUUCACUACUGCGGGUAUGACUACUGGAAUGGCACAUCACAAGACAACACGUGUGACAGACUGUGGGCUCUCAGUGAUCAUGUCACAGGAAUAGAGAUGUUGGUGCAGGUGACUCAGAUUGCUCUCUCUGCAACCUUGGCUGCUUUCUGCUGCAAAGUAAUUCAGUGCUGCUCCCCAAGGAGCAAUGUGCCCGUUAUUGUGGUGAACGCACCCCCAGGUCCUCAGUGACGACAGAGCCACAACUCAUUUAGCAACAAUUUUGAUUUACACACAUGCGUUAUAUAUAUACAACACAUAAUUGCUCUCUCUCUCUCUCUCUCUCUCUCUCUCUCUCUCUCUCUCUAUAUAUAUAUAUAUAUAUAUAUAUAUAUAUAUAUAUAUAUAUAUAUAUAUAUAUAUAUAUAUAUAUACCCCACUUAAAGUUCACAGUACAACCUGAGUUACAUGAUAAUUUGGUCAAGUGUUAAAAUGACCUUAUUGAAAAGAUCAGUAUUCAAUUAAUAUAAUUUCACUCAGAAAAAUCCAGAUUGUAUUUUGUGUCAUUUUAAAAUCAUUCAUAUUCAUGAAUAUACGGAGUCUCUUCUGAUAUGUUUAUGAAACCUGUGGAAGGUAUUGAUGUUUGUUUAUACAGACAAACGCUGUUUGCUGUCAAAUCUUUUUUUCUGACAAUAAUGAUUGUCUGUGUAAUACUGUAAGUUGGACAAAAAAGAUUUUAGGGAAUUAUGAUAUAAUAAAUAAACAUUAGUUUGGGUGGAAGGGUGUUGGGAAAAAGCUGACAGCACCUUAUUUAAAAAAAACAUUAAAAUAACCUUCUCUACCUGUGGAUUAAUAAAGUAUUAUUUUAUCUUAUCUUAUCUUAUCAUAUGUAUUAUUUCCUUACGUGCAAAUUUACAUAAAGUCGAAUUUAUCUUCAAGAAAUUAUGCUUGAAAAGCUGUCUGAUUCAUUUUUUUCCCAGCAGAUGGCGGUAUAUCUAUGUUUAGUAUCAUGUUUUGUUUUUCUUCAAUAAUGGACAACAUCUCAGAAAAAAAUAAAGGGAAUAUAGUAUGAACUUUC